AUGGCAACAGACGCCCCAGACUCGUCGCGGCCGUUGGCAGUCCCUUCAUCGUCGAGGGACUCCGGCCGCAGCUCUCCCUCGCAGUCCAUCUCGCAGUCCAUCUCGCAGUCCAUCUCGCAGUCCAUCCCGCAGUCGGUCCCACGCGCAGACUCGACCGCAAGGCUCGGCUCGCCCGUGCCUUCGUCUGUCCAGUCCCGCGCGCCCGCCGUCGGCCAGAUUCCGACGCCUGCCCAGCUCGAGGAAGUCUCCCCAGUGCCGAUACAGACGCCCUUGGCUGGACGUGCUGAGCAGAAGUCGUCGCUGCCCGGCCCCGGCACUUCCGCCUUGUCCUCGGCGCUCAAGGACUCCCUCGGCAAGAGCCCUCCAAGGUUCCCUCAACCACCGGCCACACCGCAGUCGCCUGCCGUGAACGCUGCCGCUUCAACCCGCGGACCCCCUAGCAACUUCGGCUCCUACGACGGCCGAGGCCGCUCUCCCGUGCCUUACGAGGACCCUGAGAUUGUGCGCCGGCACUUGGUCGGCCAGUAUGGCUCACCCAGCCGCUCGACCCGCGGCUUUGGAGGCGACGACGACUCCCAGAGCAGAAGAGGGGACGACGACGAGGACGAAGAGUUCUCCAGCCUGCAGCUACAGGGCGGCGACAUCACCAGGCAGAUAUACAGAUGGAGCGAGCAGCAGGCUGCCGAGGAGCGAGGCAGAAUGUCUCGCAGCAAGAGCUUCCACGCUUCCCGCCCCAAGGACGACCACGACAUAAGUGCGUCGUCCAUUCGGCAGCCAGGAGGCUUUCGUCGGCAGUACCUGCGCAAGAACGCUCCUAGCCAGUCCCCUGCACCCGGCCCCUCUGGCUACGGCACCGUCGGCGAACCAGCUCGGCAACCGUCCCAACCCUUCACAAGCAACUUCCUAGAGUUCCUGACCCUGUAUGGCCAUUUCGCCGGUGAGUCGCUUGAAGACGACGAUGAAGUGCUUGGCCCCGACGAGUACUUUUCCUCCGACGCCCUGGACUCAGGCGACCAAUCCGAGGACGAAGGACGCGAGUACGGUGAAUCCAGCGGUCUCCUUGCGCCAGGAGGAAAACGGAGAAAGAGGAAGCCGAAGCCCGAGGGCAAGGGCACGCCUACAGGUGCGGCUAUGCUGCUCCUCAAGUCUUUCGUUGGCACGGGUGUCCUAUUCCUGCCUAGAGCGUUUCUCAACGGUGGUAUGGCUUUCUCAAACGUAGUGCUUCUGGCUGUAGCUGGUUUGUCCUACUUCUGCUUCGUGCUGCUCGUUGACACACGUCUCGCCGUCGAGAGCUCGUUCGGCGACAUGGGCCUCCAUCUCUACGGUCGAUGGAUGCGAAAUCUCAUCAACUUCUCCCUCGUCAUUUCGCAGAUAGGCUUCUCGUCAGCCUACAUUGUCUUCGUCUCCGAGAAUCUGCAAGCGUUCGUGCUAGCCGUCACGAACUGCGCAACCUUCAUCGACAUCAAGUACAUGAUCUUGAUGCAGAUGGUCGUUUUCUUGCCGCUAUCGCUCUACCGCAACAUCAACAACAUUCAGAAGCUUGCACUCAUUGCUGACGCCUUCAUCCUUCUGGGCCUCGUCUAUCUGUAUUACUACGAUUUGUUCACAAUCGUCCACCAAGGCGGCAUCUCCGACAUUGCCAACUUCAACCCCAAGGACUGGACGCUAUUCAUCGGCACAGCAAUCUUCACGUUCGAAGGCAUUGGCCUGAUCAUUCCAAUCCAGAGCGGCAUGAAGGAUCCCAAGAAAUUCCCCAAGGUUCUUGGAGGUGUCAUGAUCAUCAUCACUGUGAUCUUCGUCAGCGCCGGCGCCCUUUCCUAUGCCGCCUUUGGCUCCAAGACCAAGACUGUUGUUCUGCUCAACAUGCCGCAGGACAACAGAUUCGUCAACGCCGUACAGUUCAUCUACUCCCUCGCUAUUCUGCUCUCGACACCCCUGCAAAUCUACCCGGCUAUCGAAAUCACCAGCCAGCAAUUGUUCAGCAGGACUGGCAAGUACAACCCUCUCAUCAAGUGGAAGAAGAACUUCUUCCGCUUCUUCAUGGUUGUGCUCUGCGCUUGCAUUGCCUGGGCGGGUGCUGGUGACCUCGACAAGUUCGUCAGUCUUGUGGGCAGCUUCGCCUGUAUUCCGCUGGUGUUUAUCUACCCCCCUAUGCUCCACUACCGCGCUGUUGCCAGAACCACAUUUGCACGCACCCUGGACGUUGUCAUGUGCGUCGUGGGCUUGGUUGCUAUGAUCUAUACUACCUCUCUCACCGUACAGAGCUGGGUCGAAGGAGGCAAACCCAAGGCUCCCGGGUAUUGCGACGGCCGAUGA